AUGGCAAAGACUAAAGGAGAAACUGUUUCUGGAAGCACUCAACCUCCGACGAGGAAAAGGACCACCAAACCCCGACCUUCGACGAAACAAACUACUAGGCGGACUGCCUCCGAGGAAACUUCUAUCAAAGCUACCGAAGAGCCAGUUGUAACCAUUCAGACGGAGGAGAAAGGGCUGGAAGAUGUUUCUGCCAUGGAAGAGCGUGAGGUUGAGAAAGAAACCUCAGAAGAGAUGAUCGAGGCACUGAAAAAGCAAGUUGAGGAAGAACAGCCCGCACCUACCCCGCCGAUAAAGAAGCCGAGAAAAACUCUGAAGAAAUCAACCCCCGCUCAAGCUGCCAAGGAGUGGAAAGUCACUCCAAAACUCCCUGCACCACCGAAACCUGCGCCAUCAUUUGAAGAAGGAAAGACGACGACGGAGUCCGAGGAAGGAGAAGAAGAAGGAGAUGAGGCCACCCACGAGACAAAAGUGGAGGCUUCCACACCCCAGAGCAAGGUGGUGAAAAUCGGAGCAAAGAGAAAGUUGGAUGUCACCAAGCUUCCUCUGCCCACGAAAACCAAACCGGCGGUAGCCGGAAGUAAGACGAAGGGCAAGGAAGUUCAGAGCAAGGCUAAGAAGGCAACUCCCGCUGAAAAGGAAAAGGGCAAGCAAGACGAGAAAGAUCCAGAGAGGACUGAAACUGUGGAAAGCUCCAAGUCGGAGGAAGUUUUGGCACUAAAGAAACCCACCUCCAGUAUAGCCACUACUGCAAAACCAAAGUUUACAAAGCAAAAAGGCUUGUACUUUUUGGUUAAUGAAGCUCUGGAGGAGUUGGGGAUAACAGAGAGAGUGGAAGGCUAUUUUGAUGGGAUAGGUUGGAAGAAGGUAUUGGAGUGGAACCCGAAGGCAUUCCAGAAGCUGACGGAGGAAUUCAUGGGCACUAUUGAAUUUAAGCCCAAAGGAAACUACACGAUUGAGACCCCGGGUACUUUGCGGUUCCAGUUGCGAAGUAGGAUGUUCCCGCUUUCGAUCAAUGAGCUGAACAUCCACCUCGGGGUGAUUGAAGCCAGAGAUAUUUAUGAAGAAGAGUACAAGCAAGCUGAAACUAUAGCCUCACCAGAGUGGAGAAGUCGGAUUGACCACUAUUGGUCGAUGUUGUCUACCAGAACCAAAUAUGUCAAAAACAGCAGCAAGUAA